AUGCCCGUCCCUUUUGAGGCUCUUCUUCCCUAUGCCAUCAUGAUUGGUAUGUUCGGUAUCUCUGGUACCGGUCUUGCCGUCGUGAAGACUUGGCAAAACGAGGGCAAGCGACCUCGUUACUCCGUAGACCAGUGGGAUAGACAAAGUACGACCUUCGAGAACAACUAUUCCUACGAAUGA